CCUGAAAUAUGAGGGACUGAGGCGAUUCUGCUUCCGUUGUGGCAGACUUGGCCAUGCAAAUCUCCUGGGUAAACCUUGUGUUCGUACUCUGGGCACAGUUGUUGCUCACGAAGGGAUGAAGUAUGAUGCGGAGCUGGCGGUGAGAGCCACUCGGGGGCCCUCUCCACUUUUCCCUGUAAGUCACCUUCGCAGCCCACCUUUUUCUCAGUUGGUAGAGAAGGAAUUACCGGGGAAGCGGAGGACUGCGGAAGAUGUUUGUCACCGUCCGAACCUGGUUCCAUGGCAGUCAGCCGUUUCUCUCCGACCUGUUGGGAUUGCACGCGCGAACAGACUCGACAAUGCUGACCACUUGAAUUUGGAUGGGGGACAGCACGCUGGCACGGUUCCCAAUGGAGUGAUGGGUUUACAUCCUGUCGUAAAUGAACCUUUUUCAAAUUCAAUGGCCACUAUUACGCAUGCCUUUUCCCCUAGUGCUCCAGCUAUAGGACGUGUAGAGGAAACUCUAGGCGUGCCAAUUGAAACAAAUUCUGAAGCCCUCAAUACCAACCCUUUAUUGGGCCCUGCAAAUUCCUUGGCUUGUGUCAGAAAAGACCCUACCCAUGAUGGUGAGUCAGAGAUUCUUCAUGCGGCUGUGAAAGCUGUCGCACUCCACAAGCCAACAUCCUUGAUUACUGAAUCUGAUCCCACAAGUGAGAAGGAGCAGCCUCCACAACAGAAACGUAGUAAGAAGAAAUUUAGUCUUGAAGGUGGCAACCCCUCGUCAAAAAGGAAAAAAUUUCUUCCGUCACUUAGCUCAGGCUGCUCUCUAAAACUCACUAGAGGAACCGUGGGGGUUAGAGCUGGUGCUAAAGGGGGGCGUAAACGGGCACAAGGCUCCACUGGUGUGGCAAAGUCUGCAAUCAAUGACUCAUCGUUGUGUGAGGUAGUGGUGAGUCCUUCCAAAGAGUUGGAGAUCCUAGAACUGAGGGCUAAGAAUGGUCAUACUGACGGCGGUGGUGGCUGGCCUUUGACAGCCACAAGAAGUCCAUGAAUCUACCAUUUUGGAAUUGUCAUGGUCGGGGCAUUUUCCUGACAAUUCCUCUUAGAGUGAUGCUUUUAUGCUCUUUAAGCCCCUCUACACUGUGCCUCUAUCUUCUUGGAGGUGUCGGCAGCUUUGUUUUUGUACGUUUGUCAUUGUUUCCUAUUUUGCUUGUCCCCCUCCGAUUCCUUGCGGCUUUGUCUCGAUGUUGGACCUUCUCCACCGUGUUACGAUCUGGAGCGUCUCUCCUCAGUAAUACCAUUGCUGUUGAGGAUGCUUUUAAAGUGCAUUCGGCACUUACCUCUCGGAUUAUGGUAGCGCUCUUUGUAGCUGUGAUGGCGUAUCCAUCACCAUCUUCCUCUCGGUUCUUUGGCUUCUGUGACUUCUCCGGUGGCUUUGGUCUUGCGUUGGGUGCCUUGCAAUGGGUUAUUGGUGGUGCGGCAUUUCUCAGUCUCUUGUAUUACGGUUUUUCUUUUGUUUCUUGGUUUUUGUUGUUUUUUUUAAUUUGACUGGGCAGGAAGCUUGGUUCUAGCCUUAUUCUGAGGUCUAGCUGCUUCUACCUGGUUCGUGUAUUUCUGGCUCAGUUUGCAAUCUAUCCCGUUUUGGUUUCUUUGAAACCAAACAUUGACCAAAAAAAAUGGAAUCUACCCCAAAAACAUGUGGUCAAUAAUUCAUCUAUGCACAUGCUUCUGGUUGUUGAAAAUGGAUUGUUCUCUACUCUUUGUGGUAGAACAAGUACUUUAGGAACCACUGGCAAUUCAAAUUCUGUGCCGUCGAGGAGCCAGCGCUUGUGUACAAUAACAUGAUCAAUAUGAGGAAGAUGUUGAAGCAACCGUGGCCUCUUUCAGUGUCUGUUACCUUCUUUUGCAGCUUAUGCUUCUGGUUUCAGGUGUCCAUGACACAAAAUCAUACGACCGAUCCAUCUGAAGUGAGGGCGUUGAACUCAAUAUUCGAGCAAUGGGACACGCAAGCCGUGCCGGGGCUGUGGAAUAUCAGUGGAGAGCCAUGCAGUGGAUCUGCCAUUAAUGGAACCGACUUUGAGGAUCCAGC